GGCAGUUAAACGUUUAGGGGAAGCUAUAAGAGGUGCUAAGUCGUUUUUCAGUCAUGUUGAGGAUCCUUCUGAAUGGGAAGUCUGCGCAUGUUUGAUUCCUGGUUGUGGUCUGAAGGGACAUGUCUGAAACGAAGCAGGGUGGUAUUCCAAAAGGAAGAAAAAUCCCAGACUCAGGGCAAUCCUAACACAUCACAUCAAUCCACUUUGGGGUUUUCAUAGUACUUGAGAAUUUGCUGUGAGUGUUGCAGCUGUUGCAUCCAGUAUAGAAGAAUCCCCAUACAGCACGCCUGCUUGUCUUUAUCAUGGCCUUUCCAGAGCCAAAACUGAAGAAGCCUGAAUUACCAAAGAAACUUCUGGGCACACUGGAAUGUAAACAGGGAGCUGUCAGGGCAGUGAGGUUCAAUGUGGAUGGAAAUUAUUGUCUCACUUGUGGCAGUGACAAAUCGCUGAAGCUCUGGAACCCCCUCAAAGGCACUCUCCUUAAGACUUAUAGUGGCCAUGGCUACGAGGUUCUGGAUGCAGCAGGAUCAUUUGAUAACAGCCAGCUUUGUUCAUGUGGUGCGGACAAGACAGUAGUGUUGUGGGAUGUUGCCACAGGUCAAGUGAUUCGCAAGUUUCGUGGCCAUGCAGGGAAAGUAAACUGUGUCCAGUUCAAUGAAGAGGCAACUGUGAUCCUUUCAGGUGCCAUUGACUCCAGUGUCCGCUGCUGGGAUUGUCGGUCACGCAGACCAGAUCCCAUCCAAAUCCUGGAUGAGGCCAAGGAUGGCAUUUCCAGUCUGAAGGUGUCAGACCAUGAAAUCCUUUCAGGUUCUGUGGAUGGGCGUGUCCGUCGCUAUGACCUCCGUGCUGGGGAGCUCUACUCAGAUUAUAUCGGAAGUCCCAUCACCUGCGUGUGUUUCAGCAAAGAUGGGCAAUGUACCCUGGCUGCUAGCUUGGAUUCUACUCUGCGUUUGCUGGACAAGGAUACGGGCGAACUACUAGGAGAGUACACAGGCCACAAGAAUGUAACCUAUAAGAUGGACUGCUGCAUGAGUGAGAGGGACACUCAUGUCGGGAGCUGCUCUGAGGAUGGGAAGGUGUACUUCUGGGACCUGGUGGAGGGGUCCCUUGCCCUGAGCUUGCCUGUGAGCAACACUGCAGUUCAGUCUCUGUCCUUCCACCCAACUGAGUCUUGCUUGCUCACUGCUGCAGAGGGCCGUGUGCAGUUUUGGAGGGAGGAGUCCUAUGUGGCUGAGGAAGAGGAACCAGCCUGAUGGUCCCUGUCCUGGCUUGAGUGGAGGACCGUAGCUGCAAGGAGAUGGAACUCUCAGCCAUACCUCUCUUCAGAAGCACAGUACUGUUUCCACUGCCUUUGGGAAGGUGUGCAACACUGGACUCCCCUGAUCUUUGGAAUCACACUUUGCAACUGAUGCUUGUAAUACUUAAUUACAACCUCUCAGUUCCAUACCACUUUCCAGAGGGAUGGCCAUGUUAGUCUCUCUUCCUCAACCAUCAGCAGGUUUCUGUUUUAUAAGUGCUCUCAUCUUUCAACAUUAAAAUCGUUCUGCCCCGAC